CGUCGUUCCAACCAUCCUCGAAGACAUGGUGGCCAUGUCUGAAGGCUCUAGAAACAAGUCCUGCUGGGAGCAAGUACGCCACUACGCCGACCACCAGGGUCGUCCGGUGGUCCUCGAGCAAUACGUGGAGCCCGACUGGACUCCCGAUCCCAGCCAUCUGGUGCCCAUCCAAGUCUACAGUGUCGAGCUCUUGGACCCAGACCAUGAGUAUCUGCGAGACUACCUUCUGCAUACCUUCUGUAAUGACGAAUUCUUGCCCUUGUUCGAAGUUCACUCAUACUGUCCGCCCGAUGCAUUUGACUGCAUGGAGCACAACCGCCGUGAAAUUGCCCAUCGAAAGCAGCAACACCGGUCGGAAGUUUCUAACCCGCCGGGUCUUUGCAGUUGUGCUAGAUCGCGCAAGAUUUGUGAAAGAAGCCGGCGUUUACUUUUACAUGACCGACUAUGAUGGCUUGGAAAGUAUUUCAUCCUAUUAUCAUC